UUUCAAGAUGUCACGUUUCAAGAUGUUAUUUACCCAAAAGUUCCCAAUUAUUGGCAUGAUUCACGUAGACCCAUUACCAGGUACACCACUAUAUGCAGGAAAUUUCGAUGCUGUUGUAAAGAAGGCAACGCUUGAAGCGGAUAUAUUUUUGCAAAGCGGAAUUGAUGGAUUGAUUAUUGAAAACAUGAACGAUAUUCCCUACGUUCAGAGUAGAUGUUUUACACCAGAAACGACUGCAUGUAUGAGCAAAAUUUCAAUGACUGUAAAAGAAGUUAUACGAGAUAAUAUUCCAUGUGGUGUUCAGAUUUUGGCUUGUGGUAAUAGAGAAGCUUUGGCUGUGUCAAAAGCGUGUAAUUUGAAUUUCAUACGUGCUGAAGGAUUUAUUUUCUCUCAUGUUGCCGAUGAAGGACUUACCAAUGCAGAUGCUGGUCAAAUUAUCAGGUACAGGAAACUUAUAGAUGCUCAACACAUAGGAAUCAUCACUGAUAUUAAGAAAAAACAUAGCUCCCAUGCUAUAACUAGCGACGUGUCUCUCGCGGAUACCGCUAGAGCAGCUGAGUUUUUUUGCUCUGAUGGAAUUGUGCUAACGGGUAAAGCAACAGGUAUUGAAACUAACGUCGAAGAUCUGCAAUCAUUGAUAAACACAGUUACUUUGCCACUAAUAAUCGGAUCCGGAGUAACAUUACAUAAUAUUGAAAACUAUUGGAAUUGUGCGGAUGCUGCCAUCAUCGGAUCGUACUUUAAGCAUGACGGAGACUGGAAAAAUGAUUUGUGCGAAUCAAAGAUAUAUUCAUUCAUGCAAAAAAUUAAAUUAUUUCGUAACCAAGCUAAGUAAUCUUUUAUGUGUUAUGUUUAAUUAUAACCUCUAUUUCCUUCUAAAUUAAUCUAAUAAAAGAUGACCUUUCGGUUUUA